UGUAUUAUUGUGUACUUUAAUUUGAUAACGUACAAGCGUCCUUACAUAGGAUCUUAUAGCAUGAUUUGUUAACAAAUUGUGCUACGAUUAGGGUAAUUUGAAUAUACUGAUGUGGAUGCGGUGUUGAGUCUCAUUGAGGAAAAAUACUGUUUCACACGAAUGCAUCUUUCUUUGAAUGCGAACGGAUUUAAUACAAGUAGGAUUUCUUAUGUGAAAUACUUAUAAGAAAACCCCGCAAAAAGGUUUAUGACAAACGCUGAUUGAUGACGUAGCUGCACAUACAAAUGACGUUUACUAACAUUAUAAUUUGUCCAAAAUAUGAACUUAUAAUGCAAGUUGACAGUCUCUGGUUUGUGUUUGAUAAUGCUUCAAAUAUAAAAUGAAAUUCGAUCUGAUUUUGUGUUAAACUACGGAGCGCAGUAUCGGAAAAAUUUCUCGCCGUCUCAUUGGUGGAUAAAUAGUAUUGCUUAAGGAGAAUUGAGACUGUAAAUGGCGUUCUGUGGUUAUUGUAACAUGGAUAAGUGUCCGGGAAAUAAACAAGGACUAAGUCGCCGGCGGAUAACACUAGCAGUAAUAAUAGAUGUCAUACUUUUUCUAAUAGUGGGCAUUCCGGUAUUAUUCCUUUACCUAUGGGGAACGCCAUUCGAGCGCGGCUUCCUGUGCGACGACCCAGCUCUUUCACUCCCUUUCCUGUCUGAAACUGUCUCUACCAGAGUUCUGAUUAUAGCCGGCUUCAGCGUCUCGAUUCUUGUGGUUUUGGUGGUUGAGCUCCUGAACACAGCAGACCGGAAGUGCCAUUGUCCUUGCCAGAGUAAUGAUGGACUAGGCUUCUGUGUGCGUGGCUAUAGCGUCUUCUUCGUUGGCUUCGUGAUGCAGCAGCUGGUAGUGGAAAUCGCGAAAAACCAGCUUGGAGCACUCCGGCCUAAUUUCUUUGACGUCUGCCGGCCGCAGUUUAACAAUUCACUUUGUCCGGGCUAUAUCAGCGAAUACACGUGCACUGGAAGUAACCACGGACCAGAUGAGAUUCGGGACAGUCGACUGUCGUUCCCUUCAGGUCACGCAUCAUUUUCAAUGUACAUUGCCAUCUAUUUCUCUUUUUACAUCCAGAGGCGACUAAAGGUGACAUAUUCACGGUUGGUUAAACCUUUCCUACAAUUCGGACUGGUCUUUCUCUCGCUGAUCUGUGGUCUUGGCCGUAUCCAGGAUAACAAGCACCAUCCCGCCGAUGUCAUCGUCGGAUUCCUUGUCGGAUUAACUACAGCAGUACUUGUGUUUGUCUUCGUCGGCGACAAGCUUCUUACGACCGUUGACGAUUCAGAAGUUCUUUCCCAUCGGCAAACAGAUACACAAUGUGACGGUUGCGCAAGUGGAGCGACGACUCCUGCAAUCGUUGACCCAAAGACACCAGCACCUCUGCUGCAAAACGAAUACUUCAGUGGCAUGUCACACGGGAAUGGAAGCAUGCAUAGACACACUUGUAAUCAAAAUUUUAAUGGCAUGCCGGAUGAAAGGCGUCAUAUGUCUACACCAAGUUCACCAAGUCAGCGAGUGGAAGACGUUUAACAUCCGGAGAGUACCAACAAUUAUAUAUGUUCACUUGCAGUACCUUUUUGAAGAGCUUGUACUACGCAUACUGUGCGGACACUGUAACAGUUUCAGAGAUAUAGCUACCUUGUCGUAAUGACUUACUUGAACUAAGUAGUAAUUCUAAUGAGAGGGUUGAAAGUAGUUGGUCCAUUUAAAAUGAGUAUAUGUUGUUGGGCGCAAUAUCGGCGGCUUUAAACUUACCGAACAUAUAAGAAUUAAACAUCCUUAACUUAUUAUGUGAAAAAAUGUGAUCACAAUGUUUUACUUUUUUGUUGUAAAUGUUGAAUGAUUGCAGUCUAUAUUAUAACAAUGACAGUAUCAUGUUGUCCUUGCUUUGAUCUUCCUUUUAAACUAUGUAUUCAUAUAAAGAAAAUAACCGCCACUUUUUAAACGUCACAAUUUAAAGUAAAG